AGCGCCGGGGCCUCCCUGCGGCUGAGCCGGGCGCCCGCGGGCCCCGUCGGGCGGCCAUGGCGGCCAACAUGUACCGGGUGGGAGAUUACGUCUAUUUUGAGAACUCCUCCAGCAAUCCUUACCUGGUGAGGAGGAUUGAGGAGCUCAAUAAGACUGCAAAUGGGAACGUGGAGGCAAAGGUUGUGUGCCUUUUCAGAAGACGGGACAUCUCUAGCAGCCUCAAUAGCCUGGCUGACAGCAAUGCCAGGGAAUUUGAGGAAGAGUCCAAGCAGCCGGGAGUCUCAGAACAGCAGAGGCACCAGCUGAAGCACCGGGAGCUCUUCCUUUCUAGACAGUUUGAAUCGUUGCCAGCUACCCACAUCCGUGGGAAAUGCAGUGUGACGCUACUGAAUGAGACAGACAUCCUGAGCCAGUACCUGGAGAAGGAGGACUGCUUCUUCUACUCCUUGGUGUUUGACCCCGUGCAAAAAACACUUCUGGCUGACCAGGGGGAGAUUCGGGUUGGCUGCAAAUACCAAGCAGAGAUUCCAGAGCGGCUGGCCGAAGGUGAGUCUGAUAAUCGAAAUCAGCAGAAGAUGGAAAUGAAGGUGUGGGAUCCAGACAACCCCUUGACUGACCGGCAGAUUGACCAGUUCCUCGUUGUGGCCCGAGCGGUGGGCACCUUCGCCAGGGCCCUGGACUGCAGCAGUUCUAUUCGGCAGCCCAGUCUGCACAUGAGUGCGGCAGCUGCCUCCCGAGACAUCACCCUGUUCCAUGCCAUGGACACUCUGCAGCGGAAUGGUUAUGACUUGGCCAAGGCCAUGUCUACACUGGUGCCCCAGGGUGGCCCUGUGUUGUGCCGGGAUGAGAUGGAGGAGUGGUCGGCCUCUGAGGCCAUGCUUUUUGAGGAGGCGCUGGAGAAAUACGGCAAGGAUUUCAAUGAUAUCCGUCAGGACUUUCUCCCCUGGAAGUCUCUCGCCAGCAUCGUCCAGUUCUAUUACAUGUGGAAGACCACGGACCGCUACAUCCAGCAGAAAAGAUUAAAAGCAGCCGAAGCCGACAGUAAACUGAAGCAGGUCUACAUCCCUACCUACACUAAGCCAAACCCAAACCAGAUCAUCUCUGUGGGGUCAAAGCCCGGCGUGAACGGGGCCGGAUUCCAGAAGGGCCUGACCUGCGAGAGCUGCCACACCACCCAGUCGGCACAGUGGUAUGCCUGGGGCCCCCCCAACAUGCAGUGCCGCCUUUGUGCCUCCUGUUGGAUCUACUGGAAGAAGUAUGGGGGGCUGAAGACUCCGACGCAGCUGGAGGGGGCAGCACGGGGUACCACUGAGCCACACUCCCGGGGCCACUUGUCUCGACCUGAAGCCCAGAGCCUUUCUCCAUACACAACCAGCGCCAAUCGGGCCAAGCUGCUGGCCAAGAACAGGCAGACGUUCCUGCUGCAGACGACGAAGCUGACCCGUCUCGCCCGGCGCAUGUGCAGGGACCUGCUGCAGCCCAGGAGGGCUGCCCGGCGGCCGUACGCGCCCAUCAACGCCAACGCCAUCAAGGCCGAGUGCUCCAUCCGGCUCCCCAAGGCAGCCAAGACACCGCUCAAGAUCCACCCCCUGGUGCGACUGCCCCUGGCCACCAUCGUCAAAGACCUCGCGGCCCAGGCUCCCCUGAAACCAAAAACCCCACGUGGCACAAAGACGCCCAUCAACAGGAACCAAAUGACCCAGAACCGGAGCCUGGGGGGGAUCGUGGUGAAGCGUGCCUAUGAGAGCGUGGUUCCGUUUUCAGCCAACGGAAGGCCCCUCACCUCAGGGAUUCGAUCAAGCACACAGCCAGCUGCCAAGCGGCAGAAGCUGAACCCGGCUGAUGCCCCCAACCCUGUGGUAUUUGUGGCCACAAAAGACACCAGGGCAUUACGGAAGGCCUUGACCCACCUGGAAAUGCGUCGGGCUGCAAGGCGGCCCAAUUUACCAUUGAAGGUGAAGCCUCCACUGCCAGCGGUCAGGGCCCCGAUUGCUCCACCUCUGCCCCCACACCCUGCCAGUACCAAUGAGCCUAUCGUCUUGGAGGAUUGAGCAUUCUUGGGGGGAGGGUGGCCUCUGGACAGGGGCGUUGCCCUGUGUGCCGGGGUCCUGGGAGGGUGUUGGAGCGCGUGUUUGUAGCUUCUGACACCAGGUCUGCCUCUUCC